AUGAUGGCAGCCAUGGCUCCAGGACCGGACCAUGUUUCGGCCGACUUCUUACGAGCUGGAGGACACGCCUACACGAGGUACUUAGGACAUCUAACGUCAUCCUCAAAAGGAAAGGAUUUCCGACCAGUGAAGAACCUCUCGAACAGACGAUAGGG